GCUACCAGCCUCAUUUUUUCUUGCUGUUACUGUGAGCUGGCAUUGUUUUCUGCUUGAAGCUUAUCAUGAGGCAUGUAGGGCUUUUUCCUUCUUUUUUUCCCCUUACUCUUACCGUUUGGUUUAAUAGAUAUGUGACAUUCUCACCAAAAAAGAUUUGACUUCUAUGUGCCCAUGGAAGUAGAUGGAAAGCAGUUUUUUGGUGGUUGUAAUUUGGUUUAGUCACCUAAGGAAGUAUAACUUUACCUUUCACGCGGUGUUCUAACAUUAGUUUCAUGUUUACAUUUGGAAAUAAAUGUGCAUUGAUCCUUCUAACUUUCCUCUACUUGGGCAAAAAUGUGUUGAUGAUCUGAAUGAAGAGGCUUUGUGACUUAAGGUGUGUUUGCAAUAGAGACACGACUUGGCAAAGUAGGAACUGCUAGGUAUAUUUUUGAUGCAAUCGCGUAGCAGGGACAGACUGGUGUCAGUUCUGCUGCUAACCAGGAAGGAAAAUAAAACUGCAACAGUAUAUGUUUAUGGGAAAUGAUUGCAAAUGUUUAUAGAUCUCUUACCUUGUAUAAGGUGCACGUGUUAGUCCUUGUGUUUCAGGAAGAGCAGAGAGAAAUGGGAGAUGGUGGAAGGAAUACAGCACUGCUGGCUAGAAACAGCUUUGUGUAAGAAGAGAUUGAUGGGGGUGGUAUUGUUUAGUUCUAAGCCAAGGUACCUGAAGGAAGAUACAAGGCAUGGAAAUCGGGACUGACAUGAUGGAUGAAGACAACAGUUGGCUGCCUUGUAUCAUUCAGAGUCUGUGGAUAUCAGCUCUCAGGUACUGGCUGUGUUGAUGGCUGCUUUUACAGAGCAGACGCAGGAGUCUGCUAAUUCUGUAUGUACUCAGACAGCGAUUUCAGUCAUGUAUGGUGUCUUAAAAAACAAAGCUGUACAAAAUUUUAAAUAGCUGCUCAGAGAGACCCUUUUAUUAGCUUCGUUCAAGGAAUGCAGCAGCACUUUUGCAGAACUAAAUUUAAUGUAAUCAGAUGUGGGGCGAAUCUUUUUUAAGAGAAUGAGGCAGCUGACUUAAGUCUGCGUGUUUUAUGAAUUCAAGCUUAAUAGUUUGGUGGAUAUUCUUGGUGUGUUUUCAAUGAGAAAGUAGAAAUUUGUGUGCCAGCUGUUGUUUUUCAUGUCAGAUAUUUGCUCUGCACUCGGCUGUGUGGACAUUUCCUGCUCUGGCCUUGACUCACUUUUAAAACUCGUUUAGGAACUCCUUGGAAGAAUUAUUUUUUUUCUGCAAAAAAAAUACAAGGGAUGCAACACUGCAUGCAUGUCAAGUGUUGUGAAGUAUAAAUAACAUCGAGCUCAUUUCCUUUUGACCAAUGGACAUCACAUAGUAUUCAUUUGGUCUUCAAAUCCAUUGAACAGCAUUUCUAAGAACUGCUAGAUAUUUUAUGUUUUACCAAAACAAUCCCUUGUUGCUAUCAGGUAAAUAUAAGAUGACAUCCCUUCAUUUCAUGAUGUUCCUCCGCCUCUUAUUUUAUUUUUUUCCUUUUCUGUUUUAACCCCGAGCUGCAUCAGAGUGGCAUGGCUGUUUCCUUGGCGUGGAUGGGAUGUGUUGUGAAGUGCAGCCUGUGACUAAUCGCCUCUUGCUGUCUCUGCCUAUUAGCUGUCUGAUGGUGAUGUGGUUGCACCACUUUCUACACAUGGCCUCAAGGAUCUGGCAUUGUGACACCCGUAUUAAAAUAUGCAACACUUGAUUUCUGGAGAUGUUUUGGGUUGGAAAAUCGGAGAGGUUAUGAACUGAUGUUGUGGCUGUUUCUACCCUUUUGUUUUAAUGACUGUUAGGUGGUAAUUGAGUGAGGUGUACCUAAUUAAUCCCUGACUAUGUAUUUUAGUGUACAGUCGAUGUCCUAGGGACUAUUUAUUUUCAGUUUUUCUCCCAUUUUGUUGAGUUGAUUUGAGCACUGUGGGUAUAUGGCUUAACGGUUGAGUUUUGCUUUGCUUUGUUGCUGUGAUAAUUUUAAAAUUGAAAACACGCUUGAAGUUUGUUAAAAGUCAGUGCUGAGCACGUUGAUUUGAUGAAUUAUUACCACAUGAAAAUACCAUGAAGGCACUUUGGGUUUUCAGGUUCACAUGCACCUUAAUCUUCCUAAACAGUUUACCAAAUGCAGACAAGUCCUGGACUGAUGAUUGAUUUAUUGGCAAAUGUGAAACUUGCAGGCUGUUGUGGAGAGUGUAGCUGUGUGAACUUCACAAUUAACUGCUGGCAUCUUGAGAGCUGUGGAGUAGUUCUGUUGAGAGAACAUUUUCUGUCUAUGACUUCUGUCAUGUUUAAGUAAAGGCAUUCCCAGUUCUGUUGUAUCUCACACCCCUGACCUCAACCCCAAAUGCUGUUCUAUGAAACAGAAUGUCAUUUAGUUUAGGAAAAUAGGAAGUCUAAAACUGAUGAGGAAGCAUCAUUAAUUUUUUCCACUUUUUUUUUAGGGGUUUAUAAGAAGAUAUAGGAACCGUUUCUCAAGCUGAAGACAAAGUAAAAGAAAACUGUAUCAUGUGUUAAAAUACCGAAGGGUGAAAUUUCUUGGAUUAGCAUAUUUCUGGAUUGCAAAGGAAAGGAAAGAAGAGACUGAAAAUGGGGAGAAAGAAAAUACAGAUCACGAGAAUAAUGGACGAACGGAACAGACAGGUCACCUUUACGAAGAGGAAGUUUGGAUUAAUGAAGAAGGCGUAUGAGUUGAGUGUACUCUGUGACUGUGAAAUAGCACUCAUCAUUUUUAACAGCUCUAACAAACUCUUUCAGUAUGCCAGCACUGAUAUGGACAAAGUUCUACUUAAAUACACAGAAUACAACGAACCCCAUGAAAGCAGAACCAACUCAGAUAUCGUUGAGACCUUAAGAAAGAAAGGCCUUAAUGGUUGUGAGAGCCCUGAUGCUGACGAUUACUUUGAGCACAGUCCACUAUCGGAGGACAGAUUCAGCAAACUAAAUGAAGAUAGUGAUUUUAUUUUCAAGCGAGGCCCUGCUCUGAACAAGAAGGAACACAGAGGGUGCGACAGCCCGGACCCUGACACUUCAUAUGUGCUCACGCCACAUACAGAAGAAAAAUAUAAAAAAAUAAAUGAAGAGUUUGAUAAUAUGAUGCGGAAUCAUAAAAUCGCACCCGGCUUGCCUGCUCAGAACUUCUCCAUGUCGGUUACAGUUCCAGUGUCCAACCCCAACACUUUAACCUACAGUAACCCAGGGAGUUCCCUCGUAUCCCCAUCACUGGCAGCCAGCUCAUCAUUAACAGACACGACCAUGCUCUCCCCACCUCAGACCACCCUGCAUCGGAACGUAUCACCUGGGGCCCCGCAGAGACCACCGAGUACUGGCAAUGCUGGUGGAAUGCUGGGGACAACUGACCUCACAGUGCCAAAUGGAGCUGGUACCAGUCCAGUUGGAAAUGGGUUUGUGAAUUCUCGAGCUUCACCAAGCCUGCUCGGCACUGCUGGCGGUGGGAAUGGCUUAGGCAAAGUCAUGCCUACAAAGUCUCCACCUCCACCUGGAGGAGGUAAUCUUGGAAUGAACAAUCGAAAACCGGACCUCCGUGUUGUCAUCCCACCCUCCAGCAAGGGUAUGAUGCCACCACUGAAUACCCAAAGGAUAAGUAGUUCUCAGUCCACGCAGCCCCUCGCCACCCCCGUGGUGUCAGUGACAACUCCCAGCUUGCCGCCGCAGGGACUCGUGUACUCGGCCAUGCCCACUGCCUACAACACUGAUUACUCCUUGACUAGCGCAGACCUGUCUGCCCUGCAGGGAUUUAACUCCCCAGGAAUGCUGUCUUUAGGGCAGGUAUCUGCCUGGCAGCAGCACCAUCUCGGUCCAGCAACCCUCAGCUCUCUCGUUACUGGCAGCCAGAUAUCUCAGGGUUCAAAUUUAUCCAUUAACACCAACCAAAACAUCAACAUCAAAUCGGAACCGAUUUCACCUCCCCGGGACCGCGUAACUCCCUCUGGGUUCCCGCAGCAGCAGCCCCCGCAGCAGCCACAGCCCCCGCAGCCCCCGCAGCAGCCGCCGCAGCGCCAGGAGUUGGGCCGCUCUCCUGUCGACAGCCUCAGCAGCUCCAGCAGCUCCUACGAUGGCAGCGACCGGGAGGAUCCUCGGAGCGACUUCCACUCUCCCGUGGUGCUGGGAAGGCCGCCAAAUUCAGAAGAUAGAGAGAGUCCGUCAGUAAAACGAAUGAGGAUGGACACGUGGGUGACAUAAACUUGCAGUGUUGCCUCUUCAGUUUUGCGUUCUCAAAAUGAACUGUCCUGACAUAUCUAAAUUUAUAAAUAAGGACAUGAAAUAAGUAUAUUUAUAUGUAUAUACAUACGUGCAUAUAUAUAUCUUCACAUGCAUAUAUAUGUGCUAGUGUGUGUAGCAUACACAGAAUCAUCAGGCACUUAUUACAAACUUCUUGUAUAGCUGCAGAUGUCCCAUGGUAAAACGUAACAGAACAAUCCUGUAGGUAUUGAUCUAGUCUGGCACUUACCUGGACUUGUUGUUUUAAUAAUAUAACCUGUUUUGCAAAGAAACAUUGUACCCGUAUUAUAAUCCUACCACACUAGAUUGCAGAAACCAAGAGGGCUCGCCUGUAGUAACGUCCCUGUGUGUUUUAUUAAAGCUGUAUGGUUACUUGUAGUUAAGAAAUAAUGCUUUGUAGCAGCAGAGCAGUAGAAAAGCAGGAAGAAGAAAGCAAUACUGUACAUAAAACGACCUUUAUAUUACCCCACCUGGCAUGGGUCUCUAUUGCAGAGGGUGCAUGGAGAAGGGCUGAUGCUAGAGAAAAUAAAAAAACAAAAACCCUGUUUUGCACGUGCAAAAAAAAAAAAAGUGUAUUGGGUCAAAGAAGUGAUUUUUUUAACAAGUGAGAGAGAGACAUAGAGAACUCGCAUGAAAUAUUCUGAAAAUAUUAGCCUAGAAAAUAGAACAUUAACAAAAUAAAAUUAAUAUAUUAAGUUAUAAUUGGAAUAUGUUUGACAAAUUUGUUUUUACGUUCAUACCUUUGAAAAAUAUAGAAAUGGAUUUUAGCUCAUGUAUAUUUUAUAUUAAAGAAAACAAUACCCUAAUGAAUUGAAGACUAUAUAUAAAGUUAUAUACAGUACUUUUGAACACAUUCUGCUAUGAAUUAUUUAUAUAAGCCAAAGCUGUAUGUUGUAGCUUUUUUGUAGAGUAUAGUUUUAUCUUAUUUUGACUUUCUAGUUUUUGCUUUCAAAGAUGAAAAGGAAAAACUUGCAGGCGGAACCUUGGGGGAAAAAUAAGCCAUGAACACUUAUAUGUAAAUUUAAAUUUGAGCCAAACUCUUUGUGUAUAUAGCAUCUUAAAUAUAUUAUCACCUUUGGUGUAAGUACCUAUGUAUUGUACGUUCACCAGAUUAAAAAGUAUAUUUUUGUGGAUUGACGCCGACUUGAGAAAGGCGAGGUCCUUAUUAAGUAGAGUAUUCACUGUUUAAUAUUUACUAUUUUGUUAAAUAUACUGUACUUUCUUUGGAUUUUAAUUAUUAUUAAUAUUAUUAUCCAGAUUUUUCAGAGGGUGUAUAAAGGGGUUUGUCCCCCUCACUGGUGGUGAAUGUGUGCCGUUAAAUUGUAAUCUCUGUGCUGUAUGGUUAAGCUUCAUUAUACAUUUUAUAUAUAUGUAUAUAAAUAGCAAAGUGGCAAAAAAAAAAAAUCCGGCGUUAAGUUCAUCCUGCAUAAAUAUAAAAAAAUCUGCUACAACACAUCUUAAGGCAUCGUUUUAAAACUGCCUCUUCUGAGGAGGAAAAAAAACAAAAAACAGUGGAAAAAGCUUGACCUAAUUUCUCCUGAUAGGGAAAUAACACAUAUCAGAUGAGCACAAAGGGUUUCUGAAAUGGUAAGUGGUUUGGGAUAAAGCUGCAGCUUCAGAAGGAAACAUGCAGAGCCUCUUUGCUGCUUCCCUGCAGCAGAGCAGGGCCAAGGCUUGCCCUGCAUGGAGCUGUGGGAAGGGGAAGGGCAGCACCUGAGCAGCAGCAAACUGCAGGAGCUGGGAGCACGCAGCUCCAGGGGAAGCAGCACUGCUCCAUGGAGCAUUCCUGCUUUGUAGACAUCACAUUCCCACCUUCCUGCAUGUUCUUUUAUGCUGGGAACCAAAUUAAGUAGGCCUUAAUGAAUUCUUAAUGAAUUACUGCUGGUAGUUCUGGGGGAAAAAAAAGGCAACAGUGCUGUUUUGUUACUGAAAGCCCUAUUAUAAGUAAUCCCUGAUAUUUAUAAAAUAAUUUUGCCAGAUUUUAAAAAAUUAAUUGAUUGAUAUUUUAACUAAGGAGUGUGAGAAACGAAAAUCCAACGUGACCCAAUGGGGGCAGCUCCAGUACCUUCUGGCUGCUCACUUUAACGUGUGACUGGAGAACCAAGCUGGUGCCUGUGGCUCUGCUGCUGUCAUGGUGACUCCUGAACACUUGCAGUCUCUGUCGCUCCAUGGCUGAGCUGUGAUGUUCUGCAGUUCCCGGGUGCAGGAGCCUGGAGGAAAGGGAGACUUCUCACAGCAGCUCAUUUAUUUCCCAAGUGACCGAAUUCACUUACCACUGCAGAGAUCCUUUCACUGCUUGGAAAAGUUAUGUGGUUUUUUUCAUUAUUUAUGCACAUAUAUGAACUUUGCUGUACAUCUGAGUGGGAGUUCUGCAUUCACAUUUACUGUCUAUUUUCUUGUGUGCCUUACGAGAUGGCUUUGCUGACUGUAUCUCAAUAGUCUUUAUUUCUAUGCAGGUUUGUAAACAGUACUAUUACUGUUUUCUUAAAGAAAAAGCUACAUAAGGGUUAGAGUUUGUAUUGAAAUUGCACCUAUGAAUUAAAAAACCAACACGUAAGUUCCUAGGAACUGCUCACAGGACUGUUCUGGUGUUGCCCUGUGCCCCAACCCCUCCCAGACUCAGCAGGAGACUCUGGCCGCGUUCUCUCCUAGCGGGAGAAGCUCACGCCACUGAAUAAAUGGGAAGCCUGAUUUUUAAUAACAGGUAACUAACUUUGGAACAUACUUUUUUAGGAAUUGUAAAAAUGUUUUAUAAUGAGAAAAAGACAUAGCACAGAUAUUUCAACAGGUGAAAAAUACUUUUUUUAACUAAGUAAAUAUAUUGAAGUUUCAAGUGAAUCCAAUCCUAGUUUGAACCCAUUGAAGCCUGAGUGACUUCAGAUUUCUAUCUUCUAUUGUGACAAAUCACCUCUCCAUCUCUGAGCUCUCACUUUAGUAUUUAAAAAUUCACAUGUAUUUGAAAAUCCCCGGUCAGGGAUUUGUCAGAACAAUGCUUCAGCCUUUCCUUUCACUCCAAGGACACUAAAGCAUCCGAACCUUGCGAAUUGCUGUGCGCACAAGAAAUACAUAGUAAAUAAGGAACAUAACAACUCCUAACAAUCCAUCGUGGGAAGAAGUUAAAUUAGAAUGUGAAAGAAAGACUUCAAUGUAAACGUUUAAAUCUUAGUAGAAACUUUCUUCACUUUGCUGUGCAAGAGAACACUGCUUUGCUAUAUUUAAAAUGGCUUUUUUAAAAGAGAUUUAUGUAUUUGGUAAAUGUUUGUAGUCAACAGUUCACAAAGAAGCUGUUCACGGUUUAAUGAUGAUAAGCCGUUUGGCGGCACAAGCUGGACUUUGUUGCCAUCCUUGAGACGAAUCUUUUAAGAAAAAAAUAAGUUAAUCUCAAUUUUUUCCCUGAAUGUGUUGUUUUUUCUUCAAUAUACAAUAAAUAUUCUAGUGAACUUUUUAUCAAAUGGUUAAGAAAAAUGCUAGAGGUUGUUGUAAAAUAUUUGUAUCCUGCAUUCACUAAAGUAAAGAUACUGGCUUUUACUGUGUA